AUGCGGGAGAUACGAAAUAAUGUUACAGGGCCCAUUGUGUUUUUCGGUGAUUUUAAUGAAAUCUUGCAUGCUUCAAAGAAGGAUGGAGGGGUUGAAAGGAGAGAGAGUCACAUUGAUGCAUUCCAGGAGGUGGUUGAUGUUUGUGGGCUCCAAGAUUUGGGCUACAUGGGCAGUAUUUUUACUUGGAAGAGAGGUAAAGAUGGAGAUACAAUGAUUCGAGAAAGAUUGGAUCGUUUUCUAUCAAGUGCGGACUGGGGAGCUUUUUUUCCUCACUACUGGGUUCACAAUUUUCCCAUUUAUAAAUCCGAUCACGCCCCCAUUUUACUUGGGACUGAUUCGGUACAGCAAUUGGGUGGGAGACGGAGGCGUUUCCAUUUUGAGUCCCUAUGGCUCUCGAACCCCGAUUGCCAGCAGGUGGUAAAACAGGCGUGGGGUGAUGCUAGUGACCAUGACAUUUCAUAUAAGGUGCAACAAUGCGCGAAUGCUUUAGGGGGAUGGGCUGCAGCUACGUUUGGGGAUGUAGAGGAUAAAGGCGAAAGAGAGAGAGUUAGAGGUGUGGCAAAAUAA